AUGACCACCAUCAAACCAGAGAUCAUCAUUGAGGGCGGCGCCGUUGCAUCCAUUCCUUCUUCCAGCGAGAGUGGUAUAGUUCAGAAGCCUAAGCACGCCCAAUUACAGGCGAUUUUUCAAUAUCUCAUGGAGCACGAAUACUUGGAGGCAUUCUCUGUAUUGCAACGCGAAUCUGGUGUUGCUUACACUGAAGGCAGCAGUGACUGCAGCGUUUUGGAUAGGGCUGUUGACAUGUGGUAUUCUGCCCAAUAUGCGGCCUAUGGUGAUUCUGAGGAGUCGGAAGGAGGUCCCGAGGACCUGUUGGAAGGGAUAGUAAAGGAGGCUGGUGUAACCCCGCAUGCAGUCGUCCGUUCUGCCACAGCACCACAUGGAGCCCGUGCCAAUCCAACAUGUGUGGUGUUUCACCCGACUGACUCGACGCUGUUGGCCACUGGUGGUGCUGACAGGGAGGUCAAGCUGUGGAGGGAUAGUGAAGCCGUUAUCGAGCCUACUGGUCUCGCUUUCCACGCCCCUUCCCCGGUCCUAUCUCUCGACUGGAGCCCUGAUGGGGCAUUCAUUGCUGUUGGAUGCAUGGGCGGUGAAGUGGUGGUAUUCGACGCAACCACAGGUGAACAAGUUGGCAAGUCCUCCCACCCAACGAAGACACAUGUCCUUCGCUGCCAAUUCUGCCCUCGAGUCAAGGGUGAUGGGGAGCUGCUUUUAUUCAGUGCAUGUCGGGAUAUGACCGUCCAGUUUUACGAACGGACGCGGAUUGAGGGAUCCCGAGAUUUCGAGUGGAGGAAGACGGGACUCCUUCGCCAAGCCCAACCAGUAUCAGCUGCCACGUGGUUGGAUUGUGAUGAACCGGUUUUGGUCAUGGCGAUCGAAAAUGAUCCGUACAUGCAUUAUUAUUCGGGUGAGACGCUGAAGAACAUCGGCGACUACUCGUUGAACCCUCACAAACUCGAUCGACAUGUGAGCUUCAGAAUUCGUGACAUGUACUACGGCAUUGAUAUUGACGAGUAUGACAAUCCUUCUCUUGCCGUAUCUGCCGACCGGAGUUUUGUCCUCUCAACAACCACUGACAAAAGCGGCUCGUACAUUGGUGGCUUAGCUGUGUUUGAGACGUUUUCACAGCAGAAGGUGAUGACAAUACCAGUGCAUGAACGAGGUGCAAUACGACAUAUGUGCUUCUCGAAAACAGAUGACAAGAUUGCUUCAGUGAGUUUUGAAAAGUCGCUCAAAAUUAUUGAGUAG